GUUUAGAGGCCAAAUGACAACCACAGAGACACUCAAUACUACAUCGUUGCGCAUUUGACAUAUAUAUAUAUACAUACACCCUUUGAUUCUUCUUUGCUUGUACUGUUUCUUCUUCCAAAAUGGACAGGACAGAAAACCAGGUUCCUCCGGGUUAUCCAACUGAGAAUCCUACGAUGGGGAAGAAGAAGAAGAAGAGCUGUUGGCCACAAUCCAAACCAAAAGGAGAAAGGGGAUUUAUUGAAGGAUGCCUGUUUGCCCUCUGUUGCUGCUGGAUUUGUGAAAUGUGCUUUUAAUUGCAUAUUCACCUUGGAAGUCUGAUCAGUGUUUCGUUGUUUAUGGGUGCAGUCUUUUUACGCUGUGUUGCUGCUGGAUCUGUGAAAUGUGUUGUGACUAAAAUGUUAUGAUGGGAUUGGCGCUACAUCUGCGUUACUUUUUCUUCGUGCUUUAGUGUAUUUGCUGAGUUAUGUAAUCAUGUAUUCUGACGAUUUAUUACUGUAAAAUUUUGUGUGUGUGAUUUAUCAUACGAUCAAUAAAUAUUGUGUUUCUCUUCCUCAAAA